CUUUCCUGACCUGACUCCACCCCUGAGGGACACAGCUCAGCCUUGACCAAUGACUUCAAAGAACUAGGAGGAACAAGGGACCAGAAGGUCAGCAGUAAGGAAUAAAAGGUGAGAGCUUCCAGCAGCAACACAUACCUACUUCUCUCUCUGAUCACCUGUAAGCUCCCAGACCUGACAUCAUGGUGCAUUUUAGUGCCGAGGAGAAGACUGCUAUCACUAGCCUAUGGGGCAAAGUGAAUGUGGAAGAGGCUGGAGGCGAGGCCCUGGGCAGGCUCCUGGUGGUUUACCCCUGGACCCAGAGGUUCUUUGACAACUUCGGCAACCUGUCCUCUGCCUCUGCCAUCAUGGGUAACCCCAAGGUCAAGGCCCAUGGCAAGAAGGUGCUGACUUCCUUUGGAGAUGCUAUUAAGAACAUGGACAAUCUCAAGGGCGCCUUUGCUAAGCUGAGUGAGCUGCACUGUGACAAGCUGCACGUGGAUCCUGAAAACUUCAGGCUCCUGGGCAACGUACUGGUGAUCAUUCUGGCUUCUCAUUUUGGCAAGGAAUUCACCCCCGGCGUGCAGGCCGCUUGGCAGAAGCUGGUGGCUGGUGUUGCCACUGCUCUGGCCCACAAGUACCACUGAGUCCUCUUUCCAGUUCAGCAGUACCCUUCUGUGUCCUCAGCGUCCUCCUUCUGCACAUGGGCAUUUGGGUUUGGCCUUGAGAGCAGUUUCUGUUUAAUAAAGUUCAUUCUAUUCAAUAAUCAGAAAUUAA